AUGUAUCCUUAUAGCUCAAACGUUAUUAGCACUGGUUCUACCGGCAAUUACUACGAACCAGCCGCUUUACCUCAUGACCAGUCCUUUUUGAUCAACAGUAGGCCUUUUCUUAGUGAAAUAACUAGCAACCCGAGCUGCAAUUUCGCUUCAGUUAAUUCUAAUCCCAAACAAGAUCAAGAUCUACAAGAGGCCCAUCAUCAUGUUCAUCCUCCUUUGCCUUUCUUCUACUUCCCCUCCUCGGAAGAUGACGAUGUUUUACUCCACCACCACCAUGACCUCUUGUCGCUUCAUGAAAGUACUUUAUCAGCCCAUCUUAAUCACCAUCAUCAGACCGUUACGCCUUUCACUGCUAUGGUGGAGUGGGAUUCCAACAAAGAUAAUCAGGCGGUGAUCAGUAAGGAAGGUGAGCAACAACAACACCAGAAACAGAUCCCCAUGAUGAGAAGGUCUUGCAAGAAGGACCGGCACAGCAAAAUUAGCACUGCCCGAGGGCUGAGGGACAGGAGAAUGAGACUGUCUCUUGAUGUUGCCAGAAAGUUCUUUGGUUUGCAAGACGUGCUUGGCUUUGACAAGGCGAGCAAGACUGUGGAGUGGUUGCUCAAUCAGUCAGCGGCUGAAAUCAAGAGAGUAACAAGAGAAAUGAACAGUCAGAAAAACGAAAACCAAAGCUCUAGCACUACUACUGCCGCAGGUGCAGGUGCAGGUGUCGGAGCCAGAACCACAUCUUCCAUUUCCGAGUGUGAAGUUUUAUCCGGCAUAGAUGAGGCUGCAACUGAUGAUAUUAUUGAUAAGGUAAGCCGGAAACCCUCUUCUUCUUGUGCUAAAAAUCGGACCAAAAGCACUGUCAGGAAACCAAAGAAGAGUGCAUUGUUUAACCCUCUCGCAAAGGUGUCAAGGGAAAAGGCAAGAGCAAGAGCAAGAGAAAGAACUAGAGAAAAGAUGGGGAGACAGUUACAGGCAUGCGAUGACGUUAAUCAGGCAAAGAAGAUAAAGCUGGACCUGAGCCGAUUAAGUUCUUGGAGUACAUUUGAAACCGGAGAACAAUCUGGGGGGACACAAAGCCACAACAACUUGAACAAUCAUUGUACAUUGGAAGCACUUGUUGAGGUUGAAGAGCCAAUAAGCAGCUUCCAAGCAGCUGGAACUACAACAGUAAUUCAUCAAGACUUGAUUGAAAUUGAUGGUCAUGAUGCUGCAGCUAACUUGGUGACAGUGGGAAAGUGGAUCCCCUGUUCCUUUUUCAAUUCUCUGCAAAACACUUCUGGAUCAAUUUCACAAGAGCAACAUCAGUUUGCGGACUCGAGCUCUCAGUUUUUUGGAAAACCAUGGGAGGUCUACAACAAUAGUACUCAAAAUGAAUUUUAA